GGUACUGAAAGUGGCAGCCAGUAGGUGACACGGAUCUAUCCGAUGACUCGAAGUGGCAGCCCGGAGGUCCAGAUAUAAAUGCCCUCCAGACGGCGCAGAUGGAUGGCUCCGAAGCCAAGAAAAUAACGUUUAUAAUGACGGAAGUCCACAUCAUCGCCACACUGCGCCCUGUUGUCGGAAAAGAAAACCAGCUCCGAGAUAGACUUUUUCGGACAGCAGGGAAGGUGACUCGCGAGGAGCCGGACUGUCUAACUUUCCUGUUGACGGAGACUCGGGAUCCCCGCGAGGGCGUGGUGUUCAAGGUGAUCGAGAGGUGGACCAGUCAAGAAGCCCUGACGCGACACCAUGACCGAGAUUGGCUGCAGGAGAUGUACCGGGCCUUCGAGGACGAGUAGCUACUGGUGGAACCGGAGCAUAUCGAGUAUCUCAGUUUGAUCUCGGGAUUUGCAGCUCGUUAGGUAGCGUUAUGAACUGGGUCAGCCCUUGUUGCGCAGAGCGCUGCUGAGCAGCCCGUCGGGCUGCCGACUUCUUUUAAUGAGCGAUACAAUCCGCCCACUCUGGCAGGAGGCUGGGUUGCUCUGCGUAGUGUGGUGCAUGUAGAGUGACCAUUAACUGCAUCGCUAUGACGGCCCGGGUCGGAUGGAGGUCCUCAGUGGCCUUUGUGACGGUGGUUGUGUGCGUUGCUGUAUUCACCGACGUGUUUCUAGAAAUACGGGUUGAUUGUGCCAAUACUGCCUUUUAUCUUGCAUGAGCGGAUUGGACUUCCUGAGAAUAGGGUCCAACGAUGGUCGUCGAUCCUCCUCGCAUCCUAUGGUGGUUCCAUCCUGUUUGGAUCGU